AUGGCUCGAACCAAGCAGACGGCUCGCAAGUCUACCGGUGGCAAGGCACCACGAAAGCAGCUGGCCACCAAGGUGGCUCGCAAGAGUGCACCUGCAACCGGAGGAGUGAAGAAGCCACACCGCUACCGACCAGGCACUGUGGCCUUGCGUGAGAUCCGCCGCUACCAGAAGUCUACUGAGCUGCUGAUUCGCAAGCUGCCGUUCCAGCGCCUGGUGCGCGAGGUUGCGCAGGAUUUCAAGACCGACCUGCGCUUCCAGAGCUCCGCUGUGAUGGCUUUGCAGGAGGCUUGCGAGUCCUACCUGGUGGGGCUCUUCGAGGACACCAACCUGUGCGCCAUCCACGCCAAGCGCGUCACCAUCAUGCCCAAAGACAUCCAGCUGGCCCGCCGCAUCCGCGGGGAACGGGCUUAG